AGAUAUGGGUAGUGAAGCGACGUCUCCCAUUCACUUUUCAUUUGUAGCGCAACAGCAGAAGACUACGGAACAAUAUUUCGGACUAACUUUGAACGAAACCCACUAAAUGAAUGUCUUAUAUGGCUACAUUUCUUAAUUAAGAAGUAUGGGUUUUAUUUCGACUUCGACGAUUUUGUUAUCAGACUUAUUUUAUCGGUUCACGCGAAGUUAUUAUCAGUUGAAAGCAAAGCUCGCCAAUAGCCUUUUCUCGCUAUAGUAAUAGUCUAGCCGAUAUCUAAAUGGAAUAAUCUUAUCUUGUGGUUCAACUAUAAUUUAAAGCUGAUUUCAAGGAGAAUGUGUAUAGAUUUACUGUGAUUUGUUCGUCCAGGAGACGGAGCAGGCAUGGAAUUCAUACUGCUGCAUGUGCUAGUCUGGAAAAUGAAAGUUCCCGCCUCCGUAUGCAGAGCGUGUGUCAUUGCUGUGACUGGAUCCGACACCACUACGGUCACUUGAGCUCAGAAUACCUUUCCCUGCUGGACCAGAUGGGAGGAGAUAUCACAAAGCAGGAUGCCCCAGUCUUUUUCCCAACAUCCCUUUACAGACACAUAGAUGAUGCCGAGGUUGAGGACCAAGUCAGAUUCCUGAAAGAGACCAUCUAUCAAAUCACAAAACUGUUUGAUGGGAAUAUGAAAUCUGUCACCUGGGACAAGAAAAAGCUGGACGAUUUCCUCAACAUUCUAGAACGCCAAUUGGAGAACCUUAAAUCCUGUGUAUCACCUGCCAUGAAACCUGAGAAGAGACUGAAACGCUACUUCAAGAAGUUGAAUAAGAAUGUUCUGAGAAAAAUGAACUACAGUGCACAGGCAUGGGAGCUCAUCAGGAAAGAGACAAAACGUCAUCUGCAAAGAUUGGAUAUCCUUGCAGCACAGAUGUACUGAUCAUCCAGACUCAUUUCAGAAGCUACGCCCUUACCAGUUUAUAAAGUUUGAAUACAAUCAUGUGGGACCCUGUCAGUCUAUUUAUUAUAUUUAAAUCCAUAAAUUAUUGUUUUUUAUUUGUAUUAUUUAUUAUUUAUAUUUUGUAUUUCCCUUUUGUACCUGUGUUGAACUGAACUGUAUUGCCGGUCUACUAUAAAAACCAAUGAAAAAAUAACAUUGAAAAUGUGAAUAAAAACGUAUUUUGUAUAAA